AUGGCUCUUUUGUCUUCUACUUUGACUGUAAAAUUAUGUCAACAUGUCAGCAAGGAAACAAAGGUAUUGUGUAGUCAAGAUGAAUAUGUUAAAUGUCCAUGUGGUUGUGAAUUAGGUUUGUGUUUUGAUCAUAUUACUCUACAUCACGAACAAAUGAAAAAGGAGAUGAGUUUAUUGAUAGAUACAGCGAAUGAACAAAAGAUCAUUUUGAAUCAAUGGUAUGAUAAGAAAAGACAGGAGCUUGAUCAACAACGAGAUAACUUAGAAAAUCGAAUAAAUGAACAAAUACCAAAAUUAACAAUAAAAUCACCACAAAACUCGGUGAAUCUUACAACACUGAACACAGUUAAAGAUGAGUUAAAUGAUAUGAACGAGAUAAUAAAAGGAAUCAAUCCUGGCGGUGUAAUAUCAUUUAACAAUUACCAACUAAAUUUUCCUGAACUAUCUUUGAUACCUGUUGAGAAUAAAAAACCAAUUCAGUUAGAAGCAAAUAGCUGUAUUAUGGCUGCAUCAUCCACGUCUCUACUCGUUUACAAUCGUUCCGAUGAUAAAAAAAUAUCAAAAUUAAUAUUUUUUAAUGAAAAUGGCGAUGUUAAUUAUGAUAUACAAUGGGUUGAAUCAGAAUUUGGUGUCAUCAUCGACAUUUGCAGUUUACAAAAAACGGAUAUUUUCUUCUUAUUAACAAAUAAAGUAAUGUUUAAACUAGGUACAGCACAAAUAAGACCAACAAUAGAUACAGGUGUCAAACAGCACUCAGAAAAGGCAACGUUUACGUUGAUGUGUAAUUAUAAAGAUUAUAUUUUUAUUGUACAUGGUCUUUGUGAAGCUAUCGAAAAAUAUAGUUUUGAUGAUAAUCAAUUGAAAUCAUCAGGAAAAUGGUUGAAAAAAGAUAUAUUUGAUCCAACUUAUCAACAGAUCAAAUGUAUUCGAGCAACUGACACAUGUUUAGGUAUGAUAGUAAUUGAAAAUGGUCACUGGAAAUUAGAUUUAUUUCAUCCUGUUUACAUGUAUCGUUUACGAUGUGGAUUGAAAAUAAAUUUUAAUGUUGAAAAUAUUGUUUUAUCAUUAUUGUCAACGGAAAACGAAUGGCUAGUGAGUAGUGAUUUAUCAAAUAUGAUCUAUUUGUACGAUAAAACUCAUCAAGCAGAAUCGAGGAGAAUGAAAAAACAAACACCCACGCAUAUGUGUGCGCUGGCAAGCAAAAAGGUGAUUUUUAUUCGAUUUAGCAAUCCAAAUAUAAUAAUCAUGUACAAUCGAAUAAAUAAUACAGUAGAAACCAAAGCGCCAAUUCUUCUUAAAUAG